UAAAAAGAAGCAGCUCAAAGCCUUUGUUCCGUACUCGUUAAUACAAAAUGGCUGAAAUACGAGACGAUUGUGGCAACCCGAUUCAGCUCACUGACGAACAUGGAAACCCGGUCGAGUUAACAGAUGAACGUGGGCAACCCAUGCAACUUAAAGGUGUGGCUGUCACGACUGUCGAGGCCGAAACGCACCCUGCAACUGAAGCUGAACCUACCGCUGAGACUGGUGCAGGAGAGCAUGGCCAGCAGGGGCAGCAGCAUGAGGAGGCCAUUUCUCGAUCCAGUAGCUCCAGCUCGUCCGGUGAUGAUCAUGGACAAGGUGUCAGGAGGAAGAAGGGAAUAAAGGAGAAAAUAAAGGAGAAGUUGACUGGUGGAAAGCACAAGGAUGAGCACUCACACACCACUACCGUUACUAGCACAGCCACAACCACUAUAUCUAGCAGUCCUGGAACUUAUGAACACCAGGAGCAUGAGAAGAAAAGUAUGAUGGAGAAAAUCAAGGAAAAAUUGCCUGGCCAUCAUAGGACUACUUAGAAAAUUCAUGAUAUAUAUAUAUAUAAAUAUAUAUAUGUAAAUGGCCAUCUAAAUUCUGUCUGUAACUUUGUUUCUUGUCGAGGUGUGCAUCGUGUUUUAGAUUUCUUUUGUGCAAAAGAGUUUGAGCCGUGGAUUUGUGUCACGGGGGUGGAUAUAAACUGCGUGCAUCGACAUGUAUUAGAUUUUGUUAAAACUCUGUUUUAAUGUUCUACUUUUGUGUA